AUGGAGCCCACGGAUGAUCCCCAUCUGCAAGAGCUUCGGCGCGAAGUGUGGUAUCUUCCGCACGUCCGCAUCGCUAUCUUUAAGGAGCUCGUGAAGUCAUUGCCACCCGAGCAGUGCGAUUUCGCCUUCAUCCGCUCCUAUCUUACCCUCAACAAGGCAACUUGUCUGGACCUUACACCUUUGCUCUACGAUCUCAUCAUUCUGGACCAGUUCCCCUGGCAUUGCCCUGAUGAGGAACGCAAGAGAGCAUAUGCCGCUGGUGUUCACACCAUCAACAUGACUGGCGGCAUUCCUCUUUGUGUCAGGUGGGAAAGUUUUGCCGACAUGCUCGAGUUCUUCCCCAACGCUAAUACGAUCGUCUUUGGAUCUGGUGAUAUUGUGUUCGAGAAGAAGGGCUCUCGUUGGGAACGCCCUAACACUUUCUUCAUCACGGAGACGGUCUGGGUUGCGAGAGACGGCUCCAUCAAGGACACAAUCCCCUUCUUCCCCAUCGACAAAAUCCAUUACCAAGUUGCCCGCAUGUUGUGUACUGGUUGGUGCGAGGAGGGAGUGCGGCCCUUCAUUGUCCAGGAGGACGGAGAGAUAGAUAUUCCUGAAGCCUUCCUUCAGCCGGUGAGGCACUUCUCCGUCCGUCCUCGCCCUCAAGAGCACGACGACUGGCUGACCAUCUUGGAGCAUCGUGCUGCGAACGGUGUGCGUACGGAUUGUGUCCUAUGGACCAUGGCAGACGGCGAAGAAACGAACGUUCUCCCUCGCCUCGCUCAAGCUGUUCCCAGCACCCUCCGCUCUCUUUCACUCGAGGUCGGCUCCGUUGGCCCCCUCUCCGUGACCCUCGACACUCUCAUGGACAUCAUCGACGAUGACCACUUCCCCAAUCUCGAACGCCUCAUCUUGAGAAUCUACUUCUAUCCUGGUGCUAUGAGAGACGCUGAAGCGACUGAAGCGUGGCGCAGGGGCCUCACAAAUCCGGACUGGACGACAAAUAAACUGCCACCCAAGCUAAAAAUCUCCGUCAAUCUGAUGCUCUACACCCACUUCAUGAACGAUCCCUCGGACGAGGUUGCCGCUACCCAAGACAUGUUCGACGCUCUUCCUCUUCUGUGGAUUGAGAACGCGAGGCGCAAGCUAGGAGAGAGCCGCAAGGAUUGCCUGUUUGUCCAUACCUUCCUGCAAAAUGACAGCCGCGAGCAGCCUUUCGAUCCCCCUUCUGUCGUAGCUCGCCUGAAAGACGCGCUCUUGGGUCCCAACCCCUGA